AUGGACUAUGAAUACGUGGAGCUGCCGUCAGACUCGGCUGUUCGCUGCUAUCGUGCAUUUGAAGGAUGCAUGCUCGUUAUUAGCGCAACUUGCUUCUUGAUAACCGUCUGCACAAUGCUUAAAUGUGAGCUUCUAUUCAAUGCAAUUGACUUGGUUAAACCUUAUUUUUAGCCUCAACCAGAGCAAUGAAAACGUAUCGCUACUACUUGCUCAACGAGCUUUGCUGGUCACUGCUUUGUGAUCUGAGUAUUUCCAUCGCAUGCCCGAUUUCCUUGUUCCCCAUACCGUGUGGCUACGCCGUCGGGUGGAUCACGAAUUUUCCUGGAAAUAUCUCCGCUGCCUACAUGUUUAUGGGCUUAAUUAUUGGCGUUGGACGAGCGUCGGCGCUGACUUUCCAAUUUCUCUAUCGAUUCUUCAGCGCGUUGCCUCCGGGUUCAAUGAUUUCUUGUGGAAUUGAGAGAUUGCAGCCGUAUCAAGUUAUCUUGAUUUUUGUGGGGCAACAAGCGUUUGCUGUGAUUGUGGCUACGGUAAGGCUUUUUGGAUAGUAAUUUACAGUCGUUUUCAGAUUCCAUUUUAUUCCUCGUGGCCUGACCAAGAUGAGCAAAAAAAGUUGUUAUUUGAGAACAUGCCCUUCGCUCGGCCUAUUCUUAAAAACCAUGGAAAUAUUGUUUGUGUAAAUGGUGGGACUCGGCUCAAAUACGAACCGAGCAAUAUCGUGACGUUCAUCAUCGUUUUGGUGCUCUUGGCUAUGGGAGCAUGUAAGGUGUUUACUAUUGAUGUAUAGCUUCAUUUUUGCUUUGUUAUGGCUACAAAAAAGGAUGAACAACAAGGGAGUAGAAAAAAGAUUUCUUAAGGUCAUAGCAAAAAAUAGGUAAGAGGCUAAGAUGGUAAAGAUAGGAAGGCUUGGGGGGGGGGGUCCUUGAGAUGUCUCUCUAGGUACAAACCAUUCACUGAAAACUUCUAUUCGCAUCUAAACGCCAUACGUUUCAGUAUUCGGAGUCAUCUUGAUGUACUCCUUUCUCCGCCGCGCCAACUUGUCCCCCGCCACGUUCAAGCUUCAAAUGAUGUUAUUCUGGUCGUUGGUGGCUCAAUUCCUCGCUGUUUUUGCCCUAAUGGUAGUGCCAGCUGUAAUCUGGACAAUCUCGCCAGUCUUUGGAAUACUCAAUGGACCUAUAGUCUCAAUGUUUUUCUUCAGUGUUUUAUUGACGCAUACCACAGUGGACUGCGCAAUGAUUCUUUACUUUAUCAAGCCUUACAGAAGGUUUUUGAAAGGAGCUUUUAUUGGAAGAGAGCAAUCGGAUUCGGAAGGAUCCAAAAUAACCUAUUUUCAAACUGAAAAAAGAAGGCAUACGUUGUUCAAUUGA